AUGUUAAAAUCUUCUAUAUCUCAAUCAUCGGAAUUAUCAACAUUAAACGAUGAUGAAGUUAAACGUAUUAUGUCAGUUAUUGAACGUGAUUUUAAACUGCGAGAAAAAGAAUAUAAACGUAUUGAAGAACUAAAAGAUAUCAUACGACAAGAACAUGAACAUGCAGAAUGUUUAGCAAGUUCAAAACAACUGAAUUAUGAACGAUGCAUAAGAUGCUCUAGACUGUUUAAAAUAUUUUUUAAUCCACGAGAAGAAUGUUCCAUAUGUAAAUUAUAUAUUUGUCAGCAGUGUGCGACACAUGAUAAACAAACUCAAGCAUGGAUAUGUAAAAUUUGUUUAGAAUUAAAAGCAUUAGAAUGUUUAACAACUGAUUGGUUUUAUCAUAAAAUUGCCAAGAAAUAUAAACGAUGUGGCAGUGCGAAGGUUGUUCGUGAAUUACACAAACGAGAAAAAGAACUCACUGAGAUCAAUGCAUCCUGUGAAGAUCUUGGAUAUGGAACAUUACGAGGAAGUACUAAGACUGAUUCGAAAGAUUCUGGUUUUCUUAGUUCAUAUAUUGUUCAUGAUGAAAAUAUAAAAAGUGAAUUAAAUGAAUAUUCAGAACGAUUGAAUUCAAUUCUCGAUAGUUUACAAUCGGAUUUAGUCAAACUUCAUGCUGAUAAUAUUCAUCGUUCAAUACUCAAUAAAUUUCAAGAGAAUCUCAAAGAUCAUCAACAACAAAUUGCAUCUGAAAUAUAUCGUGCUCGCAUUGCACUAAUGGGUCCACUUCGACGUUCAAAUAUAAAAAUAAAUGAAGUAUACGUAAAUGAUUUGCAAAAUUUAUUGAUACAUAAAACCGAACAAGUUCUUCAUACAAAUUUACAACAAUUUAAAAACACCUUAGCAACGCCAAAUUCAUCGAUAAAUUCUAGCAAUUUCGACGAAAAACUAGCACAACUUAUUUUUGAUAAUUAUAUCACCGAAGAAAUCUAUGAUAGUUUAUCUCAGGUUAUUGAAUUGCCAUCAACAUUUUCUCAAGUUCCUCCGAAACCUCAACGACAAUCAUCGACUCCAUUUUCCAUUGAUUCAUCAUCUUGUCAAUUGAACCAGAAUAUCAGUUCACCUCAAACAUCAAACGCAUCUUUGGAGAACAAAAAGACACAAAUGAACGGCUCUACAAAUACGUUUCAAAAAAUGAGUUCACUAGCAACAUCAGUUGUCGAUGAAGAAGAAGACGAACCAGAUGCGAAAGCUCCAAUUACAAGUUCAAUUGAAGAUGAAAAUUCAGAUUAUCAACACGAAAAAAAACGUUUUAUUGAUACAGAUCUUGAAACUAUCCAAAGAUCUAAUGAACGUGUAGAUGAUUGGAAAGCAAGUUUUGAUUUAAUCGAAUCUGACCUAACAUUAUUAGAUGACGAUAACGAAGAGGAAGAAUUAUCAACUUGGUUGUGA